AAUGCAGGACACUUGGCUCCGGCGGUCGGAGUGGGGGCCGAGGUGAAGCGGAGCCGGGCCGGGGCCGGCUGGGACCAGGCCGGAGGCUGAGUGGCGGCGACGGCGGAGGCCGGGAGGGGGGAGGAGAGGAACAGCCGGAGGAGCCGCCGCAGCAGCUCCCCCGCCUCCCGGGCUGAGGGAAUUUUAGGAAAGGAAGAUGGAUCAACCUAGUGGGAGAAGUUUUAUGCAAGUAUUAUGUGAAAAAUACAGUCCUGAGAACUUUCCUUACCGCCGUGGUCCUGGGAUGGGCGUUCAUGUUCUAGCCACACCUCAGGGCUCCCCUAUGAAAGAUCGCCUCAACCUCCCAAGUGUUCUGGUGUUGAACAGCUGUGGAAUAACCUGUGCAGGAGAUGAAAAAGAAAUUGCUGCCUUCUGUGCUCAUGUUUCAGAACUAGAUUUAUCUGACAAUAAGCUUGAAGACUGGAAUGAGGUCAGUAAAAUUGUGUCAAAUGUUCCUCAGUUGGAGUUUCUAAACCUGAGUUCCAAUCCUCUGAAUUUGUCAGUUUUAGAAAGAACGUGUGCUGGGUCCUUCUCUGGGGUUCGCAAACUUGUCCUCAACAACAGCAAAGCUUCCUGGGAGACAGUCCACACGAUACUUCAGGAGUUACCAGAUUUGGAGGAGCUCUUCCUGUGCCUUAAUGACUAUGAAACAGUGUCUUGUCCUUCAAUUUGCUGUCAUUCUCUUAAGCUACUACAUAUAACAGACAAUAACCUCCAAGAUUGGACUGAAAUACGGAAGUUGGGAGCUAUGUUUCCUUCCCUGGAUACCCUUGUCCUGGCAAACAAUCAUUUGAAUGCUAUUGAAGAGCCCAGUGAUUCAUUGGCAAGAUUAUUUCCUAAUCUACGCUCCAUCAGCCUUCAUAAGUCAGGUUUGCAUUCCUGGGAAGAUAUUGACAAGUUAAAUUCAUUCCCCAAACUCGAAGAAGUAAGAUUAUUAGGAAUUCCUCUUCUGCAGCCAUAUACCACUGAGGAGCGAAGGAAGUUGGUGGUAGCCAGAUUACCAUCAGUUUCCAAACUGAAUGGCAGCGUAGUUACUGAUGGUGAGCGAGAAGAUUCUGAGAGAUUUUUUAUUCGUUACUAUGUCGAUGUUCCACAGGAAGAAGUGCCAUUCAGGUAUCAUGAACUGAUCACAAAAUACGGGAAGUUGGAGCCCUUGGCAGAAGUGGACCUAAGACCCCAGAGCAGUGCAAAAGUAGAAGUCCACUUUAAUGAUCAAGUGGAGGAAAUGAACAUUCGUCUGGACCAGACAGUUGCAGAACUGAAGAAGCAGUUGAAAAGUGUAGUGCAGUUGCCCACAAGCAACAUGCUUCUCUACUAUUUUGACCACGAAGCACCCUUUGGCCCAGAGGAAAUGAAGUACAGCUCUCGGGCAUUGCAUUCUUUUGGUAUUAGGGAUGGUGAUAAAAUUUAUGUGGAAUCCAAAACAAAAUAACCUCUACCAGCCUUGUAAAAAACAUAUACAUGGACUUUUUGCAGGGCAUUUGUUCCCAAUGUGGUUUUCUUUAGGAGGGAGAAGAUUGUUUUGUUUGUUUUGUUUAGGUUUUGGGGGGUUUUGUAUCUUUUUCCCCUGGAUUGGUAGGGGACUGUUUUUGGUAUUUUCUAGUACCGAUUUUUUUGGCUGAGCCAGCAGAAUUGACCAGAUCUCCAGUUCAUGUACCUCCCUGUGGAAAAAAUGACAAAAAGAUCACCAACUUCUUACUGUGUUCAUUUGGAUUUGUCAGACAUUGGUUAUCAUUAC